AUGGAAGGUCCGUACCGUGUUCGCAAACGUUUUGAUUCCGGUCACAUGUGGGACGUCGGUGCAGUGCUGCUAGGAGGCUUCGUUCCUGGUGUCGUUGUAACGAAAUGCGUCGCUGUUGUAGGCGCCCUUGCCUCCUCCUCGUGGUGUGCAGCGAUUGUUAUCGUCGCAGCAGGAUUGCACCAUAUUCAUGUGGCUUCUCACCGUGCUCCUGUUCAAGAUUCGGCAGACUAA